CCGCCGUAGCCGGAACUGCUGCUGAGCGCGGUGAGCCCAGCCUCCGUGAGCUGAGAGGCGGCAGCACCGGCACCCGCAUCCUCGUCCGCCGCUCGCCGGGCGCGGAGGGGACGUGCCGGGGCGAGCGCCUCUGGGCAACUGCUUCCGAGGCGGGAGGACCACAGCGGCGUCGCGGCUUCUGUGCAGCGGGCGCUCGGGGUCCGGGGGCUGCCCGGCCCGGCCGGUUCUGCGGGCGCCCGGGAGGCCCCCGGGGAGCCCGCGAAGCCAGGCCGCUGCGAGGCGUGGAUGAAGGAGGAUGACAGUGAAGUUGGGAGACGGCGGCGGCGGGGAGGACGGGCUCAAGCGGCUGGGCAAGCGGGCGGCCGACGACGACUCGCUGGAGGGCGAGGGGCCCGGCGGCGGGGACGCGGCCGACGAGAGCGGCGGCACAAAGAGGGACGCCAGGACCCCCCGGGACGGCGACGACGGCCCCCCGGCGCCCGCGGGCGGCCCGCAGGCCCCGUCCCCGCCGCCUGCCUGCCCGCAGGACCAGCACCACUUCCUCCGGUCCAGUGUGAGGCCGCAGAGCAAGAGGCUCAGGAAGGAUUCGUCGUGCGCCGGGGGGAGCGGCAGCGCGGGCGGCUCGGGGCCGCGCGGCAAAGGCGCCGACGGUGGUGGAUCAUCAUCUGGAAAUGGAUCCGGGGCUCCUCCCACCGCUCCCGCGACGGGUUCUCGCUCCUCUUCCCGGAACCUGGGGUCGUCGAGCGGCGAGAAGGAAGAAGGCAAGAAGGCCCGGCGGCAGUGGGAGUCGUGGAGCACGGAGGACAAGAACACUUUCUUCGAGGGGCUGUAUGAGCAUGGGAAAGACUUUGAAGCCAUUCAGAACAACAUCGCCCUCAAGUAUAAGAAGAAAGGCAAGCCCGCAAGCAUGGUGAAGAACAAAGAGCAGGUCCGGCAUUUCUACUACCGCACGUGGCACAAGAUCACCAAGUACAUUGACUUUGAUAACGUGUUCUCCCGUGGGCUGAAGAAGUCAUCCCAGGAGCUGUACGGUCUGAUCUGCUAUGGCGAGCUGCGGAAGAAGGUCGGAGGCUGUAUGGAUGACAAGAAUGCCACGAAGUUGAAUGAGCUCAUUCAGGCUGGGGCCACCACCGUGCGCUACAAAGGGAGGAACCUGCGGAUCAAGGCACCCAUGUGCCGCGCGCUGAAGAAGCUCUGCGACCCGGACGGCUUGAGCGACGAAGAGGACCAGAAGCCCGUGCGCCUGCCACUGAAGGUCCCCGUUGAGCUGCAGCCAAGGAACAACCACGCCUGGGCCCGCGUGCAGAGCCUGGCCCAGAACCCAAGGCUCAGGAUGAUUGUGGAGCUCCAUAGGAAGGUCUCCAGCCUCAUCGAGUUCUUGAAACAGAAGUGGGCGCUCCACGAAGUGCGGAUUCGGAAGACACUCGAGGACCGGCAGCUGCAGCACUCGCUUACAGAGCCGUCGCAGGAGAAGGUGGCGCUGCACCUGUUCCCAGGAGAGAGUUGCACGCUGACGCCGCUGCCGGGUGUGGCCCGCGUCGUGCACUCCAAAGCCUUCUGCACCGUGCACUGGCAGGAGGGCGGCCGGUGCAAGCAGAGCUCCAAGGAUGCCCACACGUUGCCUCCCGCCCAGAUCCUGGGCAUUCAGAGUGGGCAGGGCACGGCCAGGGGCCAGGUGAAGUGUCCAAGGGGCAGCGCUGAGGGCAAGGGCCCGGGACGUCCUCCUCCUUCCACCGACGCCUCCCAGAGCUCUGGAGAGAGCUCCCCUGAAAGUGCCCCUGGGGAGGGGCCCCCCCCGAGCCUCAGCAGCCUAGACACUCCUGACAGGCUGCCCCCUGGGCUUCAGGAUGCGGGGACACGGCUUGAGAAGACCCCCACGGCUGCUCCUGCAGAGGGCAGGGACGGCCCUGCCCGAGAGCCCGGGGAUGGGACAUGUGCCUGUGGCCAGCUCCCGGAACUAGAGGAGGAACUCUCACUCCUUGACCCCUUCCCGCGCUACAUGAAGUCUUGUCAGGACCUCAUCAUCCCCGAGCAGUGCCGCUGUGCGGACGUGCGGCCCUCCGGGUGCGCCUCCCCAGAGACUCGUGUCCCCAGCGGGGCAGAAGUGGCUGGCCUCACCCGGGCUGGGCCACCAUCCCCUGUCCAUGCCCCGCCGGCUCCAGAGCCUCAGCCUGGCCCCGGGCUCCAGCCAGAUGUUUGCACUAAAGACUCAGUAGAUGCACCUGCAGAGGAGCCCCAGGAGAAGGCCAGCCCCUCGGACCCCCCACCUCAGGGACAGCCUGCUGCCAAGCCUCUGAAGGACGUCCCCGCCAGCCGGCUGGCCCAGCAGCUCCGCGAGGAGGGCUGGAACCUGCAGACCUCUGAAAGCCUUACACUGGCCGAAGUCUACCUCAUGAUGGGCAAGCCGAACAAGCUGCAGCUUGAGUACGACUGGCUGGCUGUGCUGGGCCCCGAGGGCCAGGCCCCCGGCGCACAGGCCCAGGGCUCCCGCACCGGCUCCCCGCCCUCCACCUUCCACAAGCAGCGUCUCCUCGGCUGCCUCCUGAAGCUUAUCUCUACGGAGGUCAACCCCAGGCUGGCUCCAGAAGGGAACGCCGGCUCCACGGCUUCAGUGAGGCCAGCCCAGGAGGAGCAGUCGGCGACACCCCCGGGGAAGGUGGUGACUGUCAGCUCCCGGAGCCCCCGCUGCCCGCGCAGCCAGUCCACCCUCCGCAGCAGCAAGACCUUCUCGCCCGGCUCCACGCCUUGCUCCUCAGGUCUGAGGAACCCGCCGAGACCCCUCCUGGUGGCGGGCCCCUCCAGCACAGGCAGCGGUGACUCAGACGGUGGCCUUUUUGCUGUCCCGACUACUCUCCCGCCCAACAGUCGUCACGGGAAGCUCUAUUCUCCCAGUAAAGAAACAGAGCUGACUUUCCGGCAGCACCUGAACUCCAUCAGCAUGCAGUCGGACUUCUUCCUGCCGAAGCCCAGGAAGCUGCGGAACCGGCACCUGCGGAAGCCACUGGUGGUCCAGAGAACGUUGCUUCCUCGGCCAUCUGAGCACCAGUCCCACAACGUCUGUUCCUUCUCCAUCCUGUCCAAUUCCUCCGUGACCGGGAGAGGCUCGUUCCGGCCCAUCCAGUCUUCCCUGACCAAAGCCGCCCUGUCUCGGCCGAUUGUGCCCAAGGCCCUUCCACCCCAGGCCACGGGCCACCUGGCCAGUGCUGUUGACUUAGCCGCUAAAAGCGCCGGCAUCAUUCCCGGGAGUCCCCUCCCCGUUUUGGACACUGAGGGCCUGUCUGGUAUCUCUCCACUGUCUUCGGACGAGGUGACCUCCAGUGUCGCUGGUCAAGACCCCGCCAGCGGCCAGCAGAAUGGCGAUUCCAUCCCCGCCGUGGGGGGCACAGGCGACCCGUUUAUCAGCAUCCCCUCGAGGCCUGAGCAGGAGCCAGUGGCGGACAGUUUCCAGGGCUCACCUGUUAUCUCCCUAUCCGAGCUGUCUAAGGCUCCUCUCCACAAUGGGCCCCCCGCACCCCUACCCGCGCCGGAGGGCUCCAGCAGCCGCCUGUCUCCACCCAACGUCUCUGCGCUACUGGACAUCUCCCUGCCCGGGCCGCCCGAGGACGUGCUCUCGCAGGGCGAGCCCGCCACGCACAUCAGCGACUCCAUCAUCGAGAUAGCCAUCAGCUCCGGCCAGUACGGCGAGGGAGUCCCUCUUUCUCCGGCAAAACUGAAUGGCAGCGACAGCUCCAAGAGUCUUCCCUCCCCAUCUAGCAGCCCCCAGCCCGACUGGAUCGCCUCCCCAACCCACGACCCCCAGUGGUGCCCCAGUGACCCCACGGACUCAUCACUCAGCAGCUUGUUUGCAAGCUUCAUCUCUCCAGAGAAGAGCCGGAAGAUGCUGCCACCCCCGUCGGGGACCCACAGCGGCACCUCCCUGCUGGGCCCCAGCUUGCUGGAUGGCAACUCGAGAGACUCGUUUGUGUCCCGGUCCCUGGCUGAUGUCGCUGAGGUUGUGGACUCCCAGCUGGUGUGCAUGAUGAAUGAAAACAGCAUCGAUUACAUAUCUCGAUUCAACGAUUUGGCCCAAGAACUGUCCAUUGCCGAGCCCAGCCGCCGAGAGGCUCUGUUUGAUGGCAGUGGAGGCGGCCCUCCUGUCAGUGACCUGUCCCAGUGACCACACCUCAUCCCUGGUGGGCAUCCUGGCGGCUUCAGAGGAGGGCUGGUAGUCCUCCACGGUGGUAGAAGCAGCUUUCUACAAGCUAGAGAAAACAAAUCAAGCCCAGGAGCCCCCUGGAGAUGAUCUGAACAGAGGAACCUCUGUGCCCCAGAAUGUGCAGCAGGCAGGAAGCCGCGUCCCAAAGGGCAGAGGGCUGUGGUGGCCUGGGAGACCUGGACGGGUUCUCUAGGAGGGCCCGUGUCAGACGCUGCUGUGGUGUUGGAGCGGCUCCCUGCCGGCCAUGGAACAGCGCGUGGGGGCCACAUUCCCACCUGUGCUUCUGCCUCACUUGUCAUGUUGGAUGUUGCAGUGGCUUUUCCUCUCCAAGGAAAGGUGUGGGUGUGUGGCGGCGGCCACGGCCCCUGGGACUCACAGCCUUGCUGCUCUCUGCAGGGGCAGUUCCAGCCGCCACUGCUCUUUUUCUGCCAAACCUGUGCACCUUGGCGGUUGCUCUCUCUGCAGAGGACGGGGAAGGGAAGCUGGGCACGGCCAGGCUCUGCCUGGUGGGGUCUGCGCCCUUAGCAGACACUAGGGAGGACGCCCGGAUCGCAGGGCAGCGCACCUGGCGCCAUCCCCCUGAAACACUGGCCCUGGCUGAGUGCGCUCUCCCACCGCCCCCGAGCUUUGUUCUGACUGGCUCAACGUGAAGGAGGAGGGAAUCUGGUUUUGUGCAGCUUGCGUGGAAUUUUAGGAAAAAAUCCUGCUACGUGCUAAAGUGGUUGGAAAAAGGUUUUCCUUGUGUUUUGAGAAUAAGGAGACGUUGAAGAAGAAAAGAAUUCAGGGUUUCCUUCCUGUGUCAAGCUUCUUGGUCAACGAAGAUGUCCUUUGCUGGGUCCACCUUGGAGCUUUGGCCCACAAGUUCCCAAACCUCCCGGACGCUGCUGGCUUGCCGCUUACACGCGCGCCCUUUCUGGGAAGGUCGCAUCUCCAGCGCCUCCUCUUCCUUCUGCAGGCUUCUGUGCAGAGUCCACCCCGUGCACACGUUUCCUCCUUCAUGUUUCCCCCACCCUGUGGUCCUGUGUCUCUCUUCUUCCAGCACAGGGAGUGCAAGCAGGGCGCAGACGCCUGGUGCAGUCAGAGCACAUGAAAGCCAUGUCCCUCUCGUGAAUUCGGGCCUCCUUUGGGUGACCAUUUGCCAUCACUACCGGUGGGUCAGUGCCCAGAGUUUUCCCAGGAUGGAGCUGAUGGGGUUGCUCUGCUGCUUGGCCUGGGGGGAGGCUUGACAGAACCCUAUCCGGCUCCCCAUCUGUCGUGGCCAGCAGCCAGUGCUGCGGUGUAGGUCCAGAAGCGCCCUGUGUCCCACCAUCCUCCUGCAGCUUCAUCCUCCGCCUGCUGUCCGGACCGCUUCGGCUUUCGAAACCUACCUGAACUGAGGACAGUUUCUCUCUGCCUGCCUGCCGUGGAACGGCAGUCCCACCCCAGGCCAGUCCUAGCCCUCCCCCUGGGCUCCUCUCCCUCUCCAUAAUGGAGAGAUGAGGCAGCGUGUAAGGGAACAGAAAAGGUUUCUUGCGUGUGCAAGCAGGACGGAUGCUCCUGGUGGCACGGUCUCCACAGCCGGCUGCAGCACGCCAGGCAGCGGGCAGUGCCAUUCACCCCAGCCACGGAGGAAAGAGAGGCCAAUUGGCCUUCCAGCUAGUAUGUUCCUUCCUUCCUUCUCAAGUUUUUCUCAGAGCUCUUGCCUGUCAUGUGGUUUUCCUCUUUCAGGUCUGGUUCUAGGUAGAAACAUCACUAACAAAAGCCACUGUGGACUGGGCUCUUAGAGAAAGUCCUGAGGCUCUGGAGAUGGAGAAGAGAGUGACGUGCCCUUUUAGGAAGACAUAGCAUCAUUUGAACUAGAGUGUCCUUGGACUAGCUUGUGUGGCUUAGCUGUCCAUCUGCUAGCUUCCAGAAAUGAGCGCCAGCUGGAGGAGAUGACAGCCGUGUAGUGCGCUGGGCUGCUGACUCUGUUAGGUUUGUAGUAGGUUAGGAUGCCAGGCCAAGUUUAGGCUGCCACUAACUUGCUCAUACUCCACUGUCGGGGACCAGACACCCACAGUAUCCUAAGGCAUCGAUGCUGGGAGCAGGACCUGAUAGCAGUGUGCACGUUGCCAGAGACGGUAGGGGUCCUGAGCUGCUUUCAUCAGAGGACACCCCAAGGCAGUCUGGCAGGUAGUCUGGCCCCGGUGAUUCAGUGACAUGUAAAAGGAGGAAAACUAGGGAUUUGGGGUCAGCUUUUGUAGGCUUUUCAGUGGUACCUUCCACUAGGGCCUUAACCACAGACUCCAUCUGGAAUGUCACCUAGGGGCCAGGUGGAUUAGGGAGGACAGUGGGCUGAUUGUUCUCAACUGCAGUAAAGCUGACAUGAUUCCAGAGAAUUCUGCCACUGCUGCGGCAACCUGACAGGUCUAAGCAUUUGCUUGCCGUGUUAAAAGGAAAGUAGAAUUAAAAGAACAAGUCUGUUUUUUCCCAGCCUAAAUGAAUACGUGUGUAUAAACAUAAGCGUCUGGUAAAGGCUGGAAUUUUCAAAAGACCCAAGCAGAGAAACUCCCCUCUUCCUGGAUCUUCCUCAUCCUGUCCCACGGAAGUGGUAGUCUUGGUGUGCACAUGUGGCUUCCUUUGUGCAUUUGAGCAUGCUGUGAGUAAGACCAGCUCCGUCCCUUGGAAAACUCCCUCCCUAGUCGCUCUAAUGUUUGGGACCUUUUGCUGAUUGAGCUUUUGUGAAGACAGAGACUUGAGUAUCUCUGGUCUUCAUGGAGUUGGUGGUGUGGCCUGUGAUGAGCUUAGAAGACAAGCAGGAAGUGUGAAGUGGAGGCUGUGAGGAGCAUCUGUGAGGACGUGGCCCUCAUCUGUCCUUUCUGCUAAGGUGUAGAGUACUUGCUCGGGAGGGGUAUUUGGAAAGAGUUCAUCCACUGAUCUACUUGCUUCCCCACAUCUCCCGCUGCUUAGCUGCGGGAUCCCGAAAAGGGCGUCCUUCUCAGUGGAAUAGCCUCUCAACUAGAUCACAGCAUGGAAUCCAAACUGGUGCGGAGAAAAGUCACGGAAUAAGACACGAAGCAAGUAGAGGAGGAAAGUAGCAGUUGCUGGUUUUUUCAUUAUGUUUAAAGAGCUUGAGAUCUAUCAGACGCAUUUGUGAGAAGAUAGGGCACUUUGUCUUAGAGGAGGAAGGAGCCACCCAGCGGAACCUGCUCCAGGACCGCGGCUAACGGGGAGCGCAGACGCGCAUCGUAGGAUCGCGGCAGCCAGCGGGACCGGUGUCCGCCACGAGGCAGCGGCGGCGCCCUCCGCGGUUCCCUGAAGCAAUCGUUAAGCCAUAUCACCGAGGUUUCGGCGCGCCGGAGACGUGAAUCUGUUGUACGGAUUAUAAAUAUGCAUAUACAGUGUAUGUACAAAGCAGAAUGCCUGUCCUUCCUGGUUAUUUUUUGUACCAUAUUGUAAAUUAUAUUAUUUAUUCUUUACCAAUUUUGGGAAUAAAAGGUGUUUUGGUUAUUUAAUAUAAUAAAAGCUGUUAAACUUCUUAUGUUUAAAUUUCCAGUUCAACUUGUAAAUCUUUUUAUUAUUGUGCAUAAAUACAUACUAAUACUUGAUCUAAUA